AUUAAAUUAUAAAAUGUUGUAAAGAUGCCUGCAAUUAGCAAAGUCAGCCUAAUUUUCACAGAUUGUGAAAUCUUACACUAGUUUAGCAUAACAUAAAUGGUUAGAUUAUGAUGAAACUCACAAGGUAUUAUAAUUAUUAUGAAGUAAUCUCUCCAAACUCAUAAAAGCAGAGCUGAAGAAUUUAUUCAUAAAAUUCCAGUAAUUGAAGUAGAUUCUGAUGUAGUCAGAUGUUUGGUAAUUAAAUGAACUAUUUUUUAAGGGUGGUACUCAUAUUAAUGCAGGACAUCCUCAAGUUUAUAUUAAAUUGGAUACUAGAACAGAAGGAACUACUUAAACUUGCAAAUAUUGUGGUUUAUAGUAUGUUAAGAAAGGACAUGGAUCACAUCAUCAUUGAUCAUCAAUCAAAAUAUCAUAAUAAAUCAUUAAUAUAAUAUAUGAG